CGUGACAUCAUGCCAAUGCAGCUUUAUGAAGAAAGUGCGCUUCUCCCGAGCAGGCAGAGAGGCGCGUCCAGUCCGCUGGCGUCAUCGGUGGACUUCUAGCGUGUGGCGACUGAAGCCGAGGGAGGAAGAAAAAAAAAAAAAAAAAGGGCUGCGCGGUGCACAAAUCUCCGGUUGGCAGAGUUCUGAUCAGGUGGGAGGCUUUUAGGCACGAGUGUGGGCUUUUUUUCUUCUCCUCCACCCUUCUGAACUGAAAUCAAAGUUUGGGAUUAACUGCCGUGUUUUUUUUUUAUUUUAUUUUUUUUAUUUGAAAGUAAGCGCGAUUUCGCUGACUGCAUGAAAUAGCUUUUGGACAUUCGGAGCUCUGCGAAGAGACCAGCUUGCCAGUGAACAUGAGCGAUUCGCAUUUGGGACUGCAGAAAAACCCCAUGGAUUUCGUCAGCGACUUUGAAUUGAUGAAGUUCGGCGUCAAGAAGGAGGACAUGCAGAGGAUCGACCGCUCCUUCGUCGGGCCGUGCAGCCAGCUCCAGAGACCGGACUCCGUCUCGUCCACUCCCGGCAGCACGCCCUGUAACUCGGUCCCCUCCUCGCCGAACCUCAAUCCGAGCGAGCAGAGAAAUAACCCCGGGGGCGACCAGUUCUGGAUACCCAACAACGGGGGUUACCCGCAGCAAAUGUACCCCCAAGCCUUCGGUCUGACACCCGAGGACGCGAUGGAGGCCCUGAUCGGCGCCACGGCGCAGCAGGGACACCCGUCUGUGCCCCACGGCCACCAGCCGCCACAUUUCCAGGCAGAGUACGACGGGUACGGCCAACUGAACGAGCCCGUCCAGCACUACGGGGGGCUCCCGGGCCACCCCGACAUGCAGGGCAUCCACAGCAGCCACUGCCAAGAUCCGUACAAAGACGACAUGGGCUGCGCGUCACCCGAGUCCCCGGAGGACAAGCAGGUCCUCGGCGCGCACCACCAGCACAGCCGCCACGACCGGCUGUCCAACGCCGACAGCCACUUCUCCGACGACCAGCUGGUGUCGAUGUCCGUCAGGGAGCUCAACCGGCUCCUCAGGGGCCUCGGCAAGGACGAAGUGAUGCGCCUGAAGCAGAAGCGCCGGACCCUGAAGAACCGGGGUUACGCGCAGUCCUGCCGGUACAAGCGCGUCCAGCAGAAGCACGUCCUGGAGCACGAGAAGACCAGCCUGGUGUCCCAGGUCGAGACGCUGAAACACGAACUGAACAGGCUGAUGCGGGAGCGGGACGCAUACAAACUUAAAUGCGAGAAACUGUCCGGCGCAAACUGUUACCACGAAACCGGGUCCACCAGUGACAACCCUUCCUCGCCCGAGUAUCUGAUGUGACUUUGUUAAAUUCUCCUGCAGAACUGAUGCUUUUCCACGGGGAGGCAUUAUGUUGACAGCUCGCCUGGCUAUUUAGCAAACAAAGCAAAUGGAUACACAAAGUUGUAAUUAGCGUUGGACAAAAAGGAUAUCGCUGAAAUCAUUGUAAUAGAUACAACUAGGCAACAAGUUAGGAUACAAAAUUACAAUACAGCAUGCAUGCAGGACAUGCAUGACAUGUUUUUUUUCUACAGGGCGUAUCUGUAUUUUGUCUGAAAGGACUUGAAAUUGGAGAAUAUUUCCUUUUUAUUAAUAUGCAACUUUAAUCCUUCUGCAUUAGUUACUCCUCAAUCCUCAUUUUGGUGAUUUUGCUUUGCUUAGUUUUUUUUUUUAGCUCAAAUUAUAAUGUGUGUCCACGCUUCCUUAAAAUAGAAAACAUACAAAGAAGAAUUAUGUUUAAAUGGCAUUUAUAUUAUUUUUUAUGAAGCCGAUUCUGCGGGACAGAUGUUUUCCUUAUUUGCUUUUCUCUUUAAGAUAAUAUAUGAUUAUGCAAAUUGUUUUUCAUCCACUGUUUUUAAUUUGCUAUGGAUCAAUAAAACUAUUGUGACUUUUUAAAA